AUGGCCUCCAUUUCUUUGAUGCGUGAUGCUUACCGCACCGAUGACUGCCUGCCGUGGGUGCUGCCGGUGGUCAAGAAGGUGGAGCGGCUGAUCGUGGAGGACAGCAGCCUCAACCACGAGUACCUGCCCAUCCUGGGCCUGCCCGAGUUCCGCUCCGCCGCCUCCAAGGUUGCCCUGGGAGACGACAGCGCCGCCAUCAAGGAGAACAGGGUGGGGGGGGUCCAGGCUCUGGGUGGGACCGGGGCGCUGAGGAUCGGGGCGGAGUUCCUGCGGCGCUGGUACAACGGCGUCAACAACACGGCCACGCCCGUUUACGUCUCCGCCCCCACAUGGGAGAACCACAACAGCGUGUUUGCCGACGCUGGGUUUAAGGACAUCCGGCCGUACCACUACUGGGACGCGGCCAACCGGGGACUGGACCGCGCCGGCUUCCUGGACGACCUGGAGAAAGCGCCGGAACACUCCAUCUUUGUGCUCCACGCCUGCGCACACAACCCCACCGGCACAGACCCCACCCAGGAGGACUGGAAGGCCAUCGCGGAGAUCAUGAAGAGGAGGAAUCUGUUUGUGUUCUUCGACUCGGCCUACCAGGGCUUCGCCUCCGGCAGCCUGGAAAAAGACGCCUGGGCCAUCCGCUACUUCGUCUCCGAGGGCUUCGAGGUCUUCAUAGCUCAGUCCUUCUCCAAAAACUUCGGCCUUUACAAUGAGAGAGUUGGAAACCUGACGGUGGUUGCCAAGGACAACGAGAACCUGUCCCGCAUCCUGUCCCAGAUGGAGAAGAUUGUGAGGACCACCUGGUCCAACCCGCCGUCCCAGGGGGCGCGCAUCGUCAGCAAGACCCUGAACUGCCCCGAGCUGUUUGCAGAAUGGGGCCUGCUCUCCCACAGCCGCGUUGGGCCUGCAGGAAACAGGCCUUUCCUCCGACUAAACACGGGAACGGAGCUGGUCCUGGUCUGGAACUCCCCGGACAGACAGACGGCCUCAGCCGGCCUGGUGGAGCUCAGCCCCGGGUGA